UCAAGACUGUUUUUGGGAGGCAGUUUUGUCCACUCAGCAGCGUGACUUCCAAUUUCAGCCGUACACACAGUGUAUGUUAUGUAUGCUCUCCACGUAUCCUGCGCUCAGUGCUGACAGUCUCUGCACUCACCGCUGCCAUGGACUCCAACACGACUUCCACCGAAACAUAACUUUUAGUGCCGUGCGUAUCUAAUGUGCGCCGGCUGGACGAAGAAGACGACGACGUAGUGAGAGAGAGGAGCAGCUAUUGAUCUCGACUGAAAAGUUGAACGACUUCUCUGGAGCGACGGUAUCUAGACCAGCCUGACACCACCGCUGUUUUCCGGAUCCCGUUUGGGGUGAGUAGCCGCAGUGGCACGAUUCGGUCACCUGCUGGCUUAAAAGUGCUACUAAAAAUUGUCAUCACUAUGGAAACAGUCAUCAGCAGCCCCGGCACGCACAACCAGUCGACAGUUUUCACUUCAAUCUUCAACGCUAGCUGUCGCUUUGAUGAGGAGUUCAAAUACAUCCUGCUGCCUGUGUCCUACAGUCUGGUGUUUGUGGUCGGCUUCGUGCUCAAUGCAACAGCUUUGUGGUUGUUCCUUAAGAUGCGUCCAUGGAAGCCCAGUACCGUGUUCAUGUUCCAUCUCGCCCUGUCCGACUUCCUGUACGUCCUCUCCCUGCCCACCCUCAUCUACUACUACGCCAAUCGCAGUCACUGGCCUUUUGGAGUGGCCGUCUGCAAAAUGGUACGCUUCCUGUUCUAUGCCAACCUCUACUGCAGCAUCCUCUUACUCACCUGCAUCAGCGUGCACCGUUACCUGGGCAUCUGCCACCCACUCAAAACAAUGACCCUGGUGAAGUCCCGCCAUGCCCACCUGGUGUGCGCCAUGGUGUGGGCUGUGGUGAGUGUGUGCCUGGUGCCCAACCUCAUCUUUGUCACCACCUCCACGAGGGACAAUGACACCCUGUGCCAUGACACAACCAACCAGGAGGCCUUUGAGGAGUAUGUGGACUACAGCUCUGUCAUCAUGGUGCUCCUAUUUGGCAUCCCGUUCCUAGUCAUUGUGGUGUGUUACUGCUUGAUGGCGCGGGCCCUGUGCCGACCCAGACGGGGAAUUUCUGCCAGUCAGCAGGGCGCCGCCUCACGUCAGAAGUCCAUCAAGCUCAUCAUCGUGGUGUUGGUGGUGUUUGCUGUGAGCUUCGUCCCAUUUCACAUCACACGGACGCUCUACUACACCUCCCGCGUUUUAAAUCUUAACUGUGAAUUUCUCAACAUUGUCAACUUUACUUACAAGAUCACCCGUCCGCUGGCGAGCAUCAAUAGCUGCAUUGACCCAAUUCUGUACUUCCUUGCUGGGGAUCACUACAGAUCCAAAAUGAUGUCUUUUCUGACGGGAAAAAGACAGAUGACAAGCAGCCAAACACCUGAACAGGCACACAUACAGCCGAACAACAACCAUGGCAUCGCUCUGGUCUACAAAAACCCUGCCCUGAAAGCCAGUAAAAAUUCUGAGAGAUAGUGGGAAAUCUAUUGGAGAAAUAUUGGAAAAAGUAUUUCUGCUCCAGGCUUAGCUAACAUUUCUAAUGGCAGAAGCACCUGUUUAUAUUUCCUUUUUUGUUUGCACUGAGAGGUUUGGUAGAAACUAAAACCCCCAAAACUAAACACAUAAGACACACAGCAUAUAACAAACUAAAAUGUCAUAAAACAUCAAUGAAAUCACUGAAAAACUAUUUUAAAAAGUGGGUUUUUAAUGGAACAUUUAAAAAAAUGGGACAGAGUUUACAGCCCUGAUCUCCUCAGGCAGGUGUUCAUAAGCAAUAAGUCAGUUAGUGAAUUGUUGUCAUCAAUCGGUCACUCACUGAUCUAAAUAUUAAAGUUCAUUAUCUGAUCAAAGAUGACAGAUAGCCUGGCAAUUUUCAAAUUAGGCAGUUAUGAUGCAGUCCUCCCUGUUGUAUCAACAAUAUCUAUGUGUUACCCAGAAACCGCAGCUACUGCCAGCUCUUGAUCCCAGCUGUUUUUAUCCUUUAACUUUCACAGCUGUCUUUUGCUCAACUGUGGAGAAAAGCAGAGACAACUCAGGACAAGAACCACCCACGCCUCAUUAGAGGGAUAAGGGAUUUUCCUUUUCACCCUUUUACCUUUGGGAUUGAUACAUGGAAUUGAAAGCUCCUUUUUCUUACAGUAGUUUAGGCUGAACUCCUUGAUGGUUUUGCAACAUGUGAACACAGUUAGAGAGCAUUGGUCCCUCCACCCUUGUUUUUAAUGUUGACAUAUGAACCAAUACUUGUAGGAGCAGAUGUAUUCAUACAGCUCUGCAUCACACGGUGAUCUCUUGAUAUUCAGUAUGAGCACUAUCUUUGAAGAUGUUUCUGUAAUAACAGUUUGAUAUGUAUCAUAAAGUGGUACAUCAUGAGUAACUGGUGUUUACUGUAUGUCACGUAUCAUGAGCUGAUUAUGCAAUGACUGUUUCUUGUCUGGUCAGUGUGAACCUAUAAUAUCAUUAAGCACUAAUUUAUUCUUCUUCUUUCAAAUCUCCCUCAUGAAAAGAGCAAUGUCGAGUGAUCUAUGAAUUCAGAGGAAGCACAUAAAGUUUGAUAUUUGUGUACACCAUACAACUCAUGUGUUUAGCCAGACUGAAACUAACUCCAUUUUCUAUUACCUGAAUAGAUACAGUACAGUUGAUGUUUAGGAAGUGAAAGCAGAGUGUGUAAUCUUUCAUGUUAUCAUCUCCAUAGAUCAUUCAAUGGCAAGAGAACUAUGAAGGCUCUUUUUUGGAUAAGGGCGCUGGCUAAAAAAAACAAACACUAUGUUGAUGAUGACAGUGAACAAGAUAAAGAUUUCCUUCCUAAAGUCACUUUAAUGUUAAAAACCCUACAGUAUUUCCACACUGUGUGACAUCAUCUAAUGUGAUAUUAUAUUUGUUUAUUCCAGUGCAUAAUUGCAGUCCACACAACAUGAUUUACAAUGACCAACCCAUGAAAAGUUGAAGAGAUUAAACGUAAUGCCAUUGCAAAUACUAUGAAUAACUCAAGGCCAGAAUUCACCUAAACUACGUCAUUGUAACAAUUCAGUGUUUGAGAACAUGACCAACUGUUUUUCUCCCAUCUUUAGAAACCAAUAAAAUAAUAACAGGAGCGCAGUAGUACCCAGUAGCCUGAAGGCUAAUAACAAUAAUUACAGUGUAAAUGGCAAUACUGUUUAGAAAUAUUACUCCCAUGUUGUCUGUAAUUUACAAACAAUGGAUGAUCAGAAACAUAUAAGCAGUACGGUCAGUCAUUCUGAGUUGUUUUGCUUUUUCUUAAAACUUCAGUUCAUGACAGACUGCAUCGGAUAACUAUUUACAUGUUAACAUUUGCCAGCAGACCUACAAACAGUCCCUUUCACCAGCAUCUUCAUAUUCAUGUCCCCACCAACUAUUAGCAUGUAAACAGAUAAAUGAAGAUUCAAAGCUCUGCUAAUUUGACACAUUAUCGAAUUGGUAAUAAUGAAAAUUAAUCUGUAAUGAAGGUUUCGAACUGUUCUGUGCACUUUUCAACAGUUUACCUCAAUGUGAUGUAAGCGUAUGAGCGCCCCCCUGUGGUCUGAUGGUGACAGGAAGUUGCAACUUGCACUCAGUCAGGAGAGCUCAACUUGUCAGAUGGGUGUCUCUCCAGUAAGUCAGAAUAUUAAGCGGGAAAAUUACAAAAAUGUGGAAAGAAAUGCUGUAAAAGGGCUAUUUGGGUAUUUUGGCCCUCAGCGCUGUCUAACAGACAAAGAACGAGGCCAGAGGAAGGUAUACGCCACAGAAACACGGUAAGAUGGUCAGGAAACAUUCGACCUGCAAAACUGCUGAGAAAAUGCUGGUAGUCACGUGUUUCACAUUAAAACCUUAACCUGGAAACACAAAGCAUGGGCUCCAUUGACCUGGGUCUGGUUGCAAUUCUGGAAGCAAACUUUCAUGUUAAAACAUGUAUUUUGUGUCUGAUAUAGGCCUAUACAUAUCUGAUGCAGGUUCUGUGUACAAGUUCCACUUGUAGAGGUAGGUGUCAAUACAGUGCAGACAAGGGUUAAAAUGGAAGGCAAACCUAAUUAAAAUGACAGAAAGGCAGAUAAUUGUUUAAUAGGCCAUUGUAAAGUAUAUUUUGUUGGUUAUUUACAGUAUAACUUGUGUGUUUUGUUUGUUGCAUGCAUUGUGUAAAGAAGAUGUUGAAGGAUCAUUCUGGGGCAAAGUGCAUCCUUUCAGUUUGUAUUGUUGACCUGCUCCCUCUGCCCUUGAUGUGCUGAUGUCAGAAAAGUUGUCUGGUCUUGAAAUUCUCCUUUGUCCUCUAUGAAUAGAGCAUUUGGAUUACAUGUAAUAGAAUUGUGCUAAAUUACCUAAUUUAGGGAUUUUUCUGGUUUUCUGUUUGUGUUACGCUGAAUGAUAUGCCCCUCUCUGAGUUCAGAGAAAUCUCCCUCUGUUGGGUUCAUGAAACAGUUUAAUAACCAUAUAAACUGAAGAUGCAUGACCAUCAGCCUAAGCUGUUUUACAGUAACAGUAACAUUGUUAACAUUGGUGAGCUACUUUUCUUCCCACUUGACUGCUGCCUAUAUGUUAGGAAUGUGCCUCGAUUUAGACAUCUUUGUCUCAAUCAUGCUGUCGGCUUACUUUAAGUGUCUGGUUUCCCUUUAGAAGGCAGGUUUCAUUACAUUAAAUUAUAAUAAGGUCAUGCUGAUGAGAUAUGUUGGUGACUUGUCACCUCUAGGCCUAUAUGUGUCUGUCUAGAGUUGUGAACACAAUUGUGUGCGUUGUAUGGUCAGAUUAGACAUUGCUUUAUGAAUCUAAAGAAACUAAUUGUUCUCUU